UUGUGCUAGGAUUUCACUAGAAAUGUCAAUUAUCAAACAUCCAUCGGGAUGGUCUUUGUUUCUUUUCGCAUCAUUCCUACUUUUAAGCGGUUGUUUUGCUAAUUUUGACAAGGGCAUUCCUACAGACGAGACUGGCGGGCUUGAAGAUGAAACCGACUUGGAAGAAGAUCCUGCGCGCAAACCUCUUCGUGUAAAAGACACUGUCUUUGACCUCUGUCAAAAUCUUCCCGGUUGUACGUGCGAUGGGAAACACGAGCGAGCCAACUGCGGUUGCAUCAUUGGGGAUCAAGGCAAAUUGAGAAAAAUUAAUUUCGAAAACGUAAGGGUUCCGAAGACCAUUACAACUUUAAACGUUGUCGAUUGCCCCUUUGUUGACUUUACCCAAACAAAGUUUGCUGAAUUACCGAUGAAGUCGUUCAAUUUUCUACGCAUCGGUCAUUUGCAAAUAGCUUCCGGUUCGCUACGAAAAGUGGAUCGUCUGUCUUUGCAACAAGUUAACAAGUUAGUAUGCAACAACGACGCUUUUACUCAACUGGAAGCUGAUACAGUCACAUUCGUCAACGUCACGUUCCCGGUGGGAAUCGAAAUAGUUCCAAUUUCAAUCAUCUCAGAACUGAAAAUUGUCCGUUGUAACUUGACGGAUGUCACUAUAAUAGUAGACAGGCUACCCACAGAUCGAUCUGUUUCCAUAAACCAUAAUUACUUAGAUCGACUAAGUCUGAAAAUUAACGCGGCCACGUUCAGCAUGGAUGGAAAUCAUUUCGCCGCACUUUCAUCAACGUCAGGACUAAUGGAUAUCGCCUACUCCGAUAUGCUAAAUUUGACAAACAAUCAAUUUUCUACCAAAAAUGUCCUUUCUUUUAUGCCUGAUGUAAUGUCUUCUAACGCAUCUCUAAUAUUUAAAGCCCCAACCUUCUCAGCCGAAAGUAUGCGUUGGCUUGAACAUUUCAAGUUUGAAUACGAGGAUACAACAGUAAAAAGUUUGACUAACAGUGGCGGUAAAGGAGUACCCACAACGUGCGAAGAACAGAUCCUGACUGACUCUACAAAUAAUCGAAUUCUUACCUGUCCGAAUGUCAAGAUCCUCGGUGAUUUUCUGAACUCGAAGGGGAAAUCUGAACCACGUAGUGAACACCAACCGGAAAAGCAAAAACAGAUUCAAACGAACCACGACGUAGCAUCAGAUUCUGCUCAAGUCCUGCACUAUUAUCCAGCGCUAAUAUUAGUCAUCACUGCAGGUGUGAUGAUGAUGAUCUGCAACUCAAAAGUUUAAAGAUAUCAGUAUAAAUUGUUUUUCU